CAAGAUUAGCUUUACAGAUUUUCUUCAAACUUCAUCUGCGCAAGUAUAGCAAAACUGUAAUUUACAAAGUGACACAUAUCUUUUAUCUUCGAGAGAAUGUUAAAAGAAACGCAAUUACUAUAUAGUCUAUAAAACUGAGGAAGUGAUACAAAUAUUCAUCAUUUCGUAAUAUAAUAAUAGGUGGAAGUAAUGCGGGAUCUUGCGAAUAAAAUGGCAGAGCUCAAAUUUGAGGCACCGCUUGCCCAAUGUGAAGAAACCGAUGAAUGGGGUCCGGUUGAAUAUUCUAAUCAAAAUAAUUCGAAAAAGAAUGCGAAUAGUGCAGCGAAUGUCAACAAUUUGAAAAUAUGUUUAAAACUCCAAAAGGAAAUUAUUGAUACGGAAUGCUUGGAAGUAAAUGACAAUACACUACAAACUGUUGUUGAAAAUUGUAAUGGUAAUGACGUCGCUAUGAGAAGUGUGGAUGUGAAAAAUAAAAUCAAUAAUAUGAAGGACAACGUCGAUAAUUUUGCCGAAGGAUUUACUGGAAGUCUCGAAGAUUUAGUCAACACCUUCGACGAGAAAAUAACAAAAUGCUUUGGCAAUUACGAACAAUCAGUGGAAGAAUUAGCACCUGUACAAGUUAGAACUCAAGAUGAAAUAAUGAGUGAAUGCCAGAUGUGGUGGACAAUUACUGGAAAUUUUGGUAACAUAUUACCGAUAGAUUGGUCAAAAACUUAUGCACGCCAAAUGCAUGUUCCGACUCUCAAGCUGACUAGUGACCAGUCUAAUUAUAAUGACAACCAGGAUCUAAGUUCUGAAGAUGAAGCAGUAGCGAAUGAUUUGGAUAUGCACGCAUUAAUACUAGGGGGAUUGCAUGUAGAAAGUGACCCAAUUAAAACAGCCGAGGAAGUGAUCAAGGAAAUCGAUGAUAUUAUGGAUGAAAGUAAUUCUGAAGAUGGCAUUCUUGAAAGCGAGGUUAUGGAGAAAGCAAAAGAAGUACUUGGUUCUCCAUUGUAUGAAGAAACAGAGCUCCGCUCCUUGUCGAUUACGCAAUUGAACGAACUAUACAUGGAGAUGGAAGUAUUGAUAAGAGAAUUCUCCGAGACGUUGAUAUCUGAAUUGGCCCUAAGAGACGAGCUAGAAUAUGAAAAGGAAUUGAAAAACACAUUUAUAUCGCUCUUGUUGGCUGUUCAAAACCGUAGGCGACAAUUUCACGUUGAAAGGAAGAAAGGAAAAUCUCAUGGGAAACCCAUUUCGGCUAGCGGACCUGAACCGAAAUAUUUGACAACUGUUAUACCUUAUAACUUGGAUAACGCUCCAGAUAAUCAAACGCUACAGAUUUUGAUUAAAAUUUUAAAGGCCAUCAAUGAGGACAGUCCAACAGUUCCAACUUUACUAACUGAUUACAUUUUGAAAGUAUUGUGUCCAACAUAAUUUCUGCCUGGAAUACUAUAUGAUUAAGUGUAUUUACUCAAACAUUACAUAAAAGCUGCUGAUUACAAUGCUUGAUUACUAGCUUUAUUCUGAAUGUCUUUUGAAGGUUAUUCUCUAAAAUAAAUGUAAUAAUAAACCUAACAUGUUCACAUAGCAUAGAUUUUAAGUUGCGCCUUGAUGCUGAUUUCGCUGUUCGUAGCGAUGUUCUGUAAUGAAUCUAUUAAAAAUAAACGAAUAAAACAUGCGUUGUACUACGAAA